GAUCCGGUCCGGCUAGUCAUUUAUACCCAACCUAAACGGUUGUACUCCGGGUCCCGGCGUGAGCACAUCGAAGGGUCCCAAAGUGACAGUUGAACCACCGCCCACAUAUCCGUGGCAGACAAUCAGGCGGUUAACCAGUUCUAGGUGCCUUCACCUCUGCAAGAUACUGACAACUUUUGUACAUGCCAGGGCAGUGGUACAGUGCGAAUGGUCGUAGAAAGGAUUUAAUAACCAACCACAAUCCAAUCACCACGCACCGCGUAAAUCGCCGCGUUUUAUACCGACCAGUCGGACCCGUGUUUACCAAUCGUAACAACUCGGCCAUCUCCGGCCAUAUCUUGAUACUAGCCGAGGAGUUCCGAUUGCCGUGUUUACGUUCUUUUUUAACCCAAAGAAAAUUUAAAGGAGCCAUGAUAAUACGAAAAUGUCUCGACCCUCAUCUGCAAGACCUCCUUCUUGUCGACCUGGCACUUCAAGGGGAGCCACUGUAGUGCCAUCCCCUAAAUUGAGAGAUUAUGUGUUUGUAGAAAAAUUAGGUUGUGGUACCUAUGCAACUGUUUACAAGGCAUACAAGAAGACAGGAUAUCGAGAAGUAGCAGCUGUAAAAUGUGUUUUGAAAAGCAGUUUGAACAAGUCUUCAACAGAAAAUCUUCUCACAGAAAUUGCACUUUUAAAAAAGCUAAAACAUGACAACAUAGUGUUAUUAAAAGACUUCCAGUGGGAUGACAUCUACAUAUACCUCAUCAUGGAGUACUGCAGUGGUGGCGACCUCUCCCAAUUCAUACGCAGCAAACGCCUCCUACCUGAGCGCAUUGUCCGGAAGUUCCUUAGACAUAUCGUGUCUGCCAUGCAGUUUCUAAGGGAACACAAAGUUGCCCAUAUGGACCUGAAACCACAGAACAUCUUGUGUACAUCAGCAUCAGACCCUGUCCUCAAAAUUGCUGAUUUUGGGUUUGCAAAGCACAUGUACACUGGAGAUGAGCUGCAUGCAUUACGGGGCAGCCCCCUGUAUAUGGCCCCAGAGAUCAUCUGUAAGGGCCAAUAUGAUGCAAGAGUGGAUCUUUGGUCUAUUGGGGUUAUACUGUAUGAAUGUUUGUUUGGCAGACCUCCAUAUGCUUCCAAGUCAUUCAGAGAAUUGGAAGAAAAAAUAUGGGAUCCAAAACCAGUAGAGCUUCCAUAUGGAGUUGAGGUCUCAGACAAUUGUCGCGACCUUCUGCUUCGACUUUUAAAACGUAAUCCCGAUGAGAGGAUAAGUUUCGAGGAGUUCUUCGUUCACCCGUUCCUAGAUCUCGAACACAUACCCUCAUCUAGAUGUCUCUCCAAAGCUACAUCACUGGUGAAGGAGGCUGUGGCACUAGAUGCCAAGGGAGACUACCCAGAGGCUGUUAAGAUCUACUGUCAGGCUGUGGAGUUCUUCCUGCCUGCUAUCAAGUAUGAAAGAGAUCCAUCAAAAAAAGACAUUCUUCGAAAAAGGGCCCAGGAGUACAUAAAUCGUGCAGCAGAGAUAAAAACCCAGCUGAAACCUGUCAGGGGAGGCAACUCACCUCUGCAACAAUCCCCUUCCAAUAACACAGAGGAGGAAUUGUUUCAUCUCUUUUCUGGGUGUGAAGUUAUGCAAGCUGCUAUAAAAGUCACACAUGAAGCAGUUAUCGAGGAGGACAAGGAAGAGUUUGAACAAUCGUUGAAGCAUUACGAGCUAGCCCUCGGCACAGCAAUACGAUACUUGAAAUCUGAGCAGGCGGGACAUAGGAAGGACUUAUUACGGGAGGCGGUGGAGCAGUGGAUGUCGCGCGCGGAGACGAUCAAGAAAUACCUUACCGUAAAGUCCUGCGAUGACAGCAUUGAACAACAGCAACAAGAGGAAGAGAAGGAAGAAAACGAGAGCAAGAUACUCUUUUCUGGACAGGAUGGUUGUCAGAUCCAGUAAGCGUUUCUACAAAAAAGCUAGUGACAGCUGUCUUUGAAAUGCCAACUUGAAUGUAACAUGUGUCAUCAUGGACACCCCUGUCAGUGUCUUUUUUUAGACAGAAUCAUGUCUCAGACAAAAAAGUUCCAUGUUUUUUCUACUUGACAUUGUGACAGAGACUGUGUUGAGAGAAAAUACCAAAUAAUCCUUUAACACGUACAUGCAAUACAUAUUUUUUUUUGUUCUGUGUCAUUUGUUGUUAUUGUAAAACAAAAACUGCACAUCUAUUUGUAUGCUUUACUUGUAUAACAAAAACACAAGGGUGAGUUUUGUUAACUGUCUCGAAAGGCAGUAUACUUUCAAAAAAUAAUGUUUUUCAAAACUUGGAUGAUUUCUAUUUUAAGGCAGGAAAUUUGUCUAAUAAUUUGUUGUUGUUUUUUUAAAUUUUAGUAGUUAUUUACUAAAACAAGAUAAUUCUUUCUUAAAAGGUUAGUAAUUGUCGUUUCAUGACCAUCUCAUAUUCAACUUUGUUGCGCCAUUAAUGUACCAAAUCGUAAAUGAGCAUUGGCAAGCUGAAAUGUUUUUCAUUUAAUAUAUUCUUGGUUAGAUAUCCCAAAAUUUCCAGAACCACAAGAUUAAAAUAUGUUAACAUAUUGUUAUAAAGCUCCACUCAUUAUAUUGUUGUUAUACCCUUACCACUUGGUGGUGGAGGCUGUAUAGGAAUCACCCUGUCCUGUCUGUCCAUCCAUCUGUCCAUCUGUGGAAAAAGCCUACUUUUCUCCUUUACCUUAUUAUUGUGGCAAAUUUAGGGAUAGGUUAUUACAAGAAGGUGGUGUGUUGGGGGUAUUAAUAAUAUCUAGUGAUAGCUCUAGUUUUGUCAGAUUUCGUCUGAGAAAUAUUGGAGCGAGCAGGUGAAAUAAUAUUUUCCAUGUGGCAUUUGGUGGAAAACAUUCCAAUACUCCACCAACUGCCACUUUGGGUUGGCAUUUGGUGAAAAUAUAUGCCAUGUGGUAUUUCGUGGAAAACAUUUCAAUACUCAACCAAUUACCACGUUGGGGUGGCAUUUGGUGGGAAAUGAUUAAAAUAAGAUCAAAGUCCAAUUUUCUCAUUUUUGUUCUCAUUUUUCACAAACUGCCAAGUCAUUCCAAUACUCCAACAAUUACCACCCAUUUUCCACUUCCAUUUCAUGGCAAAUUUAGGGAAGGGGUAUAAAAAGAAGGUGGAGAUAUUUAUCACAUUCAGUGUUAGCUUUAGCUUUGUCUGAUUUUGGCUGAGAAAUGAUUUUUUCUGAAUAAUUUAUAUUUAGAUAUAUAACCCUGAAUAAAAUUCACUUUGAUCACAUGUUAGUACAAAUAUGAAAAUAAUAUAACAUAUUUAAAUGUGGUAAAUGAUUCACCAGAAUCAUCAGUGAAAACUUUAAAAGAGCUAGACACCAGAUCAUGCAAGAAAAAAAGAAAAUUGUCAAGAACUUAAAUAAAAUUGACAUUGGUGUGUACAAAGCAUUGAAUUUUACUUAUAAUAUAUUGAUGUAUCAUAUAGUUUACACCACUUGUAAGAAUCUUUCGCAGUUUUUGCGCAGUUUUCCAAAUUGAAAUUUACGAGGGUUGUCUACCACGUAAAUCCCAGUAAGUUUAAAAAUAGCAUUGGUAUAAUUAUCUGUACUCAAAAACAGAUAUGAUUUAAACUGGGAAACCAUUAUGCGCUUUUUAAAGGGGGAAACACAGAUAAGACAGCUAAAUGAUUGUUGCGUUCAUUAUUUCAACCAUGUCAAGUGAUGUAUUAUUGGUCUCCUACUAGCUCACAUUGACAAUUCUGGGCUUGUUUUGAGGAAAGACUGUAUUUGCCGAUGUUCUGAUCAUCUGGUGUCUAGCCCCUUUAAAAGAAAAACAUGUAAAUAUUUUUAUGUCUUAGCUUGGGAAUGGAGGACCACCGCUUCCUGGCAAUAAUUUUAUACGUAUAAGGUGAAAGUACCGGUACUGUGUCAGAGAGAUGAGGACUGUGAAGCCAUAACACAUAAUUGCAGAGAAAAGAAAGACUUAUGCAUGAGGUAUGUGUGAACCUGACAGCUGAGAGUUUGCCGGAGUACUCGAGUAUGCCAGAGUUUGUACUUAAACAAGUGAGAGGAUAAUAUCCAAACCCAAAGAAAGUUGCGUAUAUGGGUCGCUUCUGGUGACACUACCUUACAGUUUUACCAACAUUAAUAUAAUUUGAACAUAAAACUUUCAUAAAACACAUUGGUCAGGAAUACAGUAUUUUAUUCUUACAUUGACUGGAGGUUACAUAAGUAUUAAUUAAUUAUCAAUGUUUCCCAUUAUGUUCAUACCCUAGAAAUAUAAACUUAUUUUCAUUUCAAAUAUAUAAUAAUGAUUAACUAUCUAUUUCUGGAUGUGUUUAAAAAAUGUGGAAUAAAUUCACAUCAAGGUUUGUUCACUUUUUUGCUAUGGUAUUUCAUAGUAAGGCAUGCACAUAAUGUUGUUUAGCCCUGUUUGAGUUUUAAAAUUGGAGCUGUUGCUUAGGUAUAAAAACAACACAUUUAAAAAAAAAUGGUAAAGUUAAACUGACAAAUAAAACAUCAAUUUGGUUUGACCUAAGGUUGAAAGUCUUUUGAGAUGGUCAAAUUUCUUUUGUUAUUUUUUGAAUUUCAAUUGUUAUUUACAUUGGUUUUGUCUUGUUAGACAUGUAUAUCAUAUAUUUACUUUAUUGUUGUCAUAUGAUGUAUUGAUUAAUGUCUUUGACUUAUUGUUUUGUUGUCAAGUCUUGCUUGGAAAUACAUGCACAUUUAUCAUGCACCUUAUUGCUGUUUUUAUUUUAAUGAAAUCAUUAUUAGAAUUAUUAUUAUAUUUCUUUUAAAGAUGUGUGGAUAUCACCUUUGAAAAAUAUGUUCAAGAGCAAUUCAUGUCAAUGCAUUGAUCAUUUCCCCUUUCCAAAAGUGAUAUUGUACAACCUAUUUUAUAGAGAGAAAUAACAUUUUUAGCUUGACUUCGAAGAAUAAGGAGAGCUAUCCUAGUCACCUGAGCGUCGGCGUAACCACUUAAUAUGUUAAAGUUUUUGUAAGAGUUUUGUACCACCUCAAAUAUUUUCAAAGUCCAUUGACAUAUGGCUUUGAAACUUUGCACACUUGUUCACCAUCAUGCCCCCAACCAGUACGCAGGAGGAGGUAACUCUAUCAAGCAUUUUGACAAAAUUAUGCCCCUUUUUCUACUUAGAAUUUACGUUAAAGUUUGCGUACCACCUCAAAUAUUUUCAAAGUCCAUUGACAUCUGGCUUUGAAACUUCCUACGCUUGUUCACCAUCAUGCCCCCAACCUGUACACAGGAGGAGGUAACUCUAUCAAGCAUUUUGACAGAAUUAUGCUCCUUUUUUGACUUAGAAUUUACAUUAAAAUUUGCGUACCACCUCAAAUAUUUUCAAAGUCCAUUGACAUAUGGCUUUGAAACUUUGCACACUUGUUCACCAUCAUGCCCCUAACCUGUACACAGGAGGAGGUCACCGUAUCGAGCAUUUUGACAGAAUUAUGCCCCUUUUUCGACUAAGAAUUUACUGUAAAGUUUGCGUACCACCUCAAAUAUUUUCAAAGUCAAUUGACAUCUGGCUUUGAAACUUCCCACGCUUGUUCACCAUCAUGCCCCUAACCUGUACACAGGAGGAGGUAACUCUUAUCAAGCAUUUUGACAGAAUUAUGCUCCUUUUUUACUUAGAAUUUACGUUAAAGUUUGCGUACCACCUCAAAUAUUUUCAAAGUCCAUUGACAUCUGGCUUUGAAACUUCCCACGCUUGUUCACCAUCAUGCCCCCAACCUGUACACAGGAGGAGGUAACUGUAUCAAGCAUUUUGACAGAAUUAUGCUCCUUUUUCGACUUAGAAUUUACUGUAAAGUUUGCGUACCACCUCAAAUAUUUUCAAAGUCCAUGGACAUAUGGCUUUGAAACUUUGCACGCUUGUUCACCAUCAUGCCCCCAACCUGUACACAGGAGGAGGUCAACCGUAUCAAGCAUUUUGACAGAAUUAUGCCCCUUUUUCGACUUAGAAUUAUCAUUAAAGUUUGCGUACCACCUCAAAUAUUUUCCAACCGUUUUGGGUCACUUUGCAAGGACCAAUGUUCAAUUCUCAUUGUGUUUGUGUUGUAACUACUUUCGAUACGAAUAGUUAAAUACCUUAGCCGUUAUCUUUACUUUAGUGUCACAAUAAUGUAUUUUUAUCUUUAUACUUAUUUCUGAAAAUUAACUCUAUCAAACCAAAUGGAACAGCAGGGUUUAAUAAAAAGGCAACAGGAUGCCAGAAAGCUGAAGCAGGGUGCACCAAUCAAAGGUUUUGGGAGGGGGAUAUUGUUUUGGCGUUGUUUGUCUGUACGUCAUUCCGUCCGUCCGUCCGGAACCAUAUCUUGGUAGGCAUUGAUCAGAAAAUGUUCAAACUUGGUCAGAAUGUUCCCCUUGAUCAAAUCUCCACCACUUGUAAAAGUGGAUCACAUGGGGUCAAAAACUAGGUCACUAGGUCAAAUCUUUGGAACGAACUAGAGGCAUUAUACAUGGUCAAAUAUUCAUGAAACUUAAUCAAAAUGUCUUCCUUGAUGAACUCUUGGACAUAUACAAAACUGGGUCACAUAUUAUCGAAAAUUAGGUCACUAGGUCAAAUCUUGUCAGGAACCAUAAUUGGUCAAAUUAUGUUUAAACUUGUUGUUUUGAUUUUUGUGUAUUAUUUAUAUCAUGCGAAAUAAAAACUAACAAAACGUG